CACACACACCCGCUCAGUUGGGCAACGCGAGAGAGCCAAAACAGCUGAUUGCCUAUCGAUAGCGGUCUAUCGGAAUCGUUGGAACUAUCGCAGCGUCGCCAAUAGAAACAAGUGUCUAUAUAAAGAUUAGGCCGAUCUAGACGUGAAUGAGAAAUGGAAAAAAGAAGUGAGGCGCCGAUAAAAAGCACAAAGUUUCGAAAACUGAGCGAUUCUGACAUGACGGAAGUGCAGCUAAAUAAUUUGGUGGACCCAAAGGAUAAUGUCGAGAUCGGUAGUUCCCAGGGAAAUGCGGACUCCAGAAACAGUCCUGUUCAACACUCGAAAUGGUUUAGAUCCAGACUCUUUAUCAUAUCUAUUGUUUUCUCGGCCCUCCUGAUAACAGCCAUGUGUAUUGGCUUUGUCGUUCACUAUGGAAUGUCCGGCGAUGUGGGCGACAUGGAAACGGUGACCUAUUGGCCCGUACAGCUACCCAAGGAGCAACAGGAGUGGUACGAUCAAGGAAUAGAUGAGCUCAAGAAGGCCGUUUCCAGGGAAUUCAAUCGUCGUCGAGCCAAGAACGUGAUUUUAUUCGUGGGCGAUGGAAUGGGACCGAAUACGGUGACAGCAGCACGUAUUUAUGGAUUCAAGGAGGAGGGACUCCUCAGUUGGGAGCAGUUUCCGGACAUGGGACUAUUGAAGACCUAUUGCGCCGACAAGCAGGUUCCGGAUUCUUUCUCCACAGCCACGGCUCUUUUUGGGGGAGUCAAGGUGAAUUACGAAACAGGCGGAGUGGACUCCAAUGUGCCGCUGGGCAACUGUACCGCCUCGCUGCAGGAGGAUCACCAUGUUCAGACAAUCCUUAAGUGGGCUCAGGUGGAUGGAAUGCGCACGGGAUUCGUGACCACCACCCGGGUAACUCAUGCCACUCCGGCUGCCCUCUAUGCCCACGUGCCGGAUCGUCGCUGGGAAUGCGAAACGGGAAUGCCAGCAGAGGCUCGGGAUCAGGGCUGUAUGGAUAUAGCCCGCCAGCUGAUCGAACAGCCCACGGGUCAGAGAAUCAAUGUAAUCAUGGGAGGUGGUCGCCAGAUGCUCCUGUCAAAUGUCACCGAUUCACCAGCGGAUCCUCUGGACACUUGGGCCAGUUCAUCAAAGGACGGACGAAAUCUUAUCCGGGAUUGGAGGCUUAAGAAAGAGGAUGAGGGUGUGUCCCAUGCCAUAGUCCAAAAUAAUCGCGAGCUAUGGAAUCUCGAUGGUCAGAAUGUUGACUACGUACUGGGCAUUUUCGCCAAUGGACAUUUGAUGUACGAUCACGAGCGAGAUCAAAGCGAAAACGGCAUGCCAUCCCUGUCCAAUAUGACCCAGAAAGCGCUCGAGGUUCUGGGAAACAGUGAUAAAGGAUUUUUGCUGGUAGUGGAAGCUGGCCUAAUCGAUCAAGCCCACCAUCGGGGAAAUGCUCGAAAGGCACUUAAUGAGGUCCUGGAACUAAACAAGGCUGUUGAGUCUACGCUUUCCUUUCUGAAAUCCACUGAUCGUCUGGACGAAACGCUGGUUAUUGUGACCGCCGAUCACUCGCAUAGCCUGACCAUUAACGGACAUCCGGAUCGAGGAGCCAGUAUAUUGGGCUUGGCGGGCAAUUCAAAGACAGAACAGACGCCCUACACCACGCUAACGUAUGGCACUAGCUAUCAAGGAUUUCAGGUGGAUCCCAACACUCAGAACCGCAGGGAUCCAACGGGUGACAAUAUAUCCGAUUGGGAAUACACACAGCAGGCAGCUAUAAAUACGGACGAAAAUCUGCACGGCGGAUCGGAUGUUACGAUUCACGCAGAGGGCGCCAUGUCCUAUCUGUUCCACGGGGUCCACGAACAGAGCUACGUAGCCCACGCCAUUUCCUACGCUCUAAGAAUCGGACGUUUUCGGGAUAGCUCUAUUGCCGAAACUCUGGCUGAAUUCACCCCUAUAUAGAAUAAUUUACCCUCAAAAAUGUUAAGAAAUAUGUAUAAGGAAAAUAUUUUGCCAAGCUUACAAAAUUUAGAGAUAGAAUUUGAAAAAAGGACUUAAGAUUAAGUAAUGAUUUACCAAAAUGCUGCAGAAGCUAAAAAGUGACCUUCAGGCUUGAAUACCUAUAGAGUAUGAAGGAUUUUAAGGAAUGAGAUCGUUGAAUACAUUUUAUUAUAAAAACUUGAAAUAUGAAUUUUAUUCGCUUCCUUUCGUUUGUUAUAAAUCGAUCCUACCGUUCGGUUGUUUAUGCAGUGAAACCUGUAAUAAAUUUCAUUAUCUUAACAGGCAACAUAAAGAUUGCUUUAGGUUCUAAAGUUUAGAAGCUAACAAAACGUGAUCUUAAAGGGUUGUGUCUGUAAAAAUAAACGUAAUUAAUAAACCUGUAUUCAUUAAA